CACCAACCUUUUUUUUUCUCUCUCUCAGGCCUGAAUAGUUGACGACGUCAACAUGUCCCUUGCCGGCGCCGUCAAGGCUUCGGCUCUCGUCUCAUGGAAAUCGACGGGUAGUCUUCAGAAUACCAUAGCUAGCUGUAUAAAGAGAACUGGCAAAGCCUUACAUUCCGGGGAGUUUACAACGGUCAAAAUAUCGCCGGAAGUUGCAGGGAAAGGUAGAUAUUUCGAGUUCCGAUCGACAUUGAUUCCGGCGUCAAUCAACUACGUUCAAGAGAGUGCGCUUUGUACUACGCUUCGUAAGGACGGUCUAGCUGUUCGAACUGUUGAGCAUUUGCUUUCAGCAUUGGAGGCAAUGGGUGUCGAUAACUGCAAAAUCUUGAUAGAAGGAUUGGAUAACGAUGAUCAAUCGAUUGAGGUUCCUAUUUUUGAUGGAUCGUCAAAGGAAUGGGUGGAUGCAAUAGAACAAGUUGGGUUGAAAACAGCCAGUGAUCUUAAUGGCAAUGAUCGUGAGAAAAUGGCUCCAUUUAUUAAUGCACCAAUUCAUGUGUGUAAAGGUGAUUCAUUUGUUGCUGCAUUCCCAUCAUCUGAUGUUCGCAUCACUUAUGGAAUUGAUUUUCCACAGGUUCCUGCUAUUGGUUGUCAAUGGUUUUCCACUUCUUUAAUGGACAGAUCAUUCUAUUCUAAAGAAAUAUCUUCAUCAAGAACGUUUUGCGUAUAUGAAGAGGUUCAGCGCAUGAAAGAUGCAGGAUUAAUUAAAGGUGGAUCUGCAGAAAAUGCAAUUAUCUUAUUUUUACUCCUUAGUGCUAGUAGAGGUUGGUUGAAUGGUGAAUUGCGGUUCCCUGAUGAGCCAUGUCGUCAUAAGAUCUUAGACAUUAUUGGUGACCUUUCCCUCCUUGCUAGUUCUGGUAAUCAAGGGUUUCCAUUGGCACACAUCGUGGCUUACAAGGCUGGACAUUCACUGCAUGCCAGUUUUGCUCGGGAACUAAUGAAAAGGAGAGCUCCAUAGAACCAGCUGUGAUUGAAUGCUUCUGAACCAUUUUAGGUUGUAAACAGAGAGCAUUGCAAUUCAUUCUGCAUGAAGAACUGUAAGUUGCUCCCUUAACAAUAUUCGAAGUCACUCUUAACUAUACUCAAAAUUCUUUCAGUUUUAAUACAAAUUCACUGGGAUAGAUAGUCCAGUCCAUACAGUUUGCGACAGUUUUGGACUUGCAAGAACAGAACUGUAGUGGAAUUAGUGGAAUUUGGUACAUAAACUUCUUUUGCACAUGCUGGUUGCACUUAUUUUAUAACAAAACAUGGCUUACAUCAUGAAGUUUAUGCCGAAAAAGGAAUUGAUGGCUUUGAAUAUCAGCAAACCUAUAGAGGAGAAUUUGGGAAUAAAACUAUACAUUGGUAGGUAUCAAGAGUGAUGGAUAUUAAUCCAUUUGGAAAUACCCACUCAAAACCUAAUCAGGGUAUUUAAAUUCAUGCUUAGCUGGGUUCUUUUUGAAUUUUGAAAUGAUUUAUUGGUGCCAUAAUUUUUUACCGUUUUCUUUAGU